UUUGUUUAAAUGAAUAAAUCCUGAUGAAAGAGAAUGAUGGAAAAAGCUGGUCAUAUUUGUUUAACAAAAUCAUUAGAAUAUGCAUUUCAACGUACACAAACAUUGACAACAGAAUGUCCUGAUUGUGGUUUACGUUUAAUUAUUCGUUAUGAUCAUUUAGUUAAUCGUGCAUCAUCAUGGGGUGUAAUUAUUGGUUUAAGUGCAUUGAUUGGUUAUCAUUUAGGUGUUAAUCGUGAUCGUAUCCUAAAAUUAACCAGAAAUUUAUUGAAAUUUUUAAAUUUUCACAAUGAUAAUGAAUCCAGACGACAACAACAACAACAACAACAACUGUAUGAUAAUAUGAGAAAAAUAUUCCGUAAAUAUCAUAAACCAACAUCAUUAUCAUCAUCAUCAUCAUCGACAUCAUCAUUAUUACCAACAACAUCAAAUGAUUCAGCAUUCGAUACAAUGACUAUUAGUUCGGAUUAUGAUGAUUAUCAGUUUACAUAUAACAAGUAUUAUGAUGAUUUAUUCAACAAUUACAACAAUAAUAAUUACAAUAAUAAUAUUAAUGAUUCACCGAAUAUAAUUGAUAAUAAUCGUAUUAAUAAUCGAUUUUUUCAAUCAAAAACUGUUGAUAAAAUUGAUCAAGUUUUACAUCAAAUUGAUGAUAUUAAAAAAUCAAUUGUUGAAAUUGAUGAUGAACUUUAUCAUGUAACCGGUUCGAAAUAUGCAAAUUUUAAUCCAGAUUUUUUAACAUUAUCCAAUGUUGGUUGGUUUGAUGAUGAUGAUUCAUUAUCCGAUUGUGAACCGAUUUCAUCUAAUAAAAUGACAAAUCAUAUGUCAAUGGAUAGUCGAAGGAAAAAAUCAAUAUAUCGAAAACGUCGAAAUUAUUCUACGACGACAAAAGAUGAUUAUCAUUCUAAUCAUCAAAUGAUGACCACCUUUAAAGCAAAUGAUCAGAAUCAACCACAGCAAACACUAAGUAAUAAUGUUGACAAUGAUGAUGAAUCACUUGAAUUGGAACAAAGACGUUCAAGUCGACAAAGUUUUAUAUCAACAAGCGAACAACUUGAAUGGGAUGAAAUUGAAUGUGAAUUUUGUUUUCCAAAUCAAUCACCAUCAACUGCAACGAUUAUUGAUACGAAUGAUGAAACAAUGGAAAAUUCAUUAUUUAUUGAUGAAAAAUCGAUUCAAACUUCUAAUUUAUCAUCAUCAACAACAACACAACCAAUAAUAAUGAUGACCGAUGAACAAAAAUUACAAAAUAUGCAAGAUUUAUUGGAAGAAGCUAAACGUUUAGGUUUAUUAAACAAUAUAAUUGAUGCAUUUUUACAAAAAAAUUCCAAUGAAUCAAUUUUAAAUCAAUCAUCAACAACAACUAUAACAAAAACAUUACGAAAAUUAUCAUCAAGUGAUCAAGAUGAUGAUUAUGAUGAUGAUGAUAUUGAUGCUUAUCAAUAAAGAUAAUAACAUCGAAUGAAUCUGAAUUUGCUCAAUUUUCAUUGGAAAUUUUGUUUUGUUUUUGAUUCGAUUUAAAUUCGAA